CGUUUAAAACAAUCACUGACCUCCAGAAGUCGGAUGUAAAACAUUAUCGAAUUUGUGUAAAAGAUUUGUAGUAAUUUUAUCGGAAAUAGAUAAUAACAUAAUUACACAUAAUUGGGCAUAAACAUAGAUAAAUAUGUUACAUUGUUUUAUAAUUGUCAUAAAUUGAAUAUAUUGCUUCAGCUUUAUAUUUAAGUACGAAUCGUAUUACUAAAAUUAAUAUUUCAAAAACAAUACGCCACUGAGGACACACAUAUAUCACACUGCUGACAUUCGAUUAUCUCCUAUUGAAAAAUAGUUUGGAACAAUUUUCUCAUGAAAUAUACAUCAUAUAAAAUAUUCCAUAACUUUAGAUAGUGUUACAAUCUCUCUCUCAUUGGUUCCAGCGGCGAUAAAUCGAUUCUCCUACUUCUCUAGAGUUAUUUGAUGUCUAUGAUUUUGUGUAUUGGGUUAAAAGCUCCGGAUAUAAGUUACUAAGCUAAUAUUGAUGUGGAUAAAUCAAUAGUGACAAACACUGAAAAAGGAUUUCAAAUUGAUAGAUUCUUCUAAACGUGAGACAGCUAUUCGCUCAUCAGGAUGAAGUUUCGUCAAAUAAGUUUCAAGUCGUUUCAGAAGACUAAAAGUAAAAAGAAAAAGACAAAGGAAGCUUCAAUUGAACAACAUCCUACACCUGUCGACGACAAUGACAACCUCGUAAUAGCCGCCGACAGCUGCAAAUAUUUCGACGUCGCCCAGGACAUAUCUCUUCGCUGCUCUCUUCGUAGAUACAAAACAUCUGUUACUCCACGUAACAAAUACGUUAUCACAAACCGGCGAACAGCCAUUUCAGACGACGAGGAAGAAACCGACAAUGGUGUGCUAUAUGAACUCGACGAUAUAGACAAAGUUUUGAAUUCAGUCCGUAAGGAGCGCACACGCAUCAAAACAAAUCCUUGGAUCCCUCCGCGUAAAUCUGUGCACGAAGAAGACUUGAUUGAUCUUGUACCGGAAGGUGCCAACGCUCAGGAUUAUUUGAACGUUUGUAUCCUAGCUGAAGAGGCGGGAAAAUCUUAUAAUUCUACAGAAUCUACCCUGACAGCACCCGACAAUCUAAGGAUACAAAAGCGUGUAAAAAGACAGCUAAGUUUAACUGAUCUGAACAUUAAUCGAUGGUCUAUUAUCUCUGAAGGUGAUGUGGAUAUAGAACUCAAUUCUCCUACAAUUGAAGAACUGAAUGAACGAUUUGCAAACAUAGAUUACGCCAUUGAUUUCAAAUACGAAGAAAAUAUUGACAAUAUCCUGGACGACGAAAUGGCAGUAAAACUUGCUAAAAGACUUUCUGUCAAUGAUUUAUUGGAGGACUAUAGUGAGGUAUCAUCCGAUACAUCUAACAGUAGCAUGGAAAUCUCAGACAAUACCAGCUCUACUGGCUCAUACAGCAGUGAAGGGUCCAUAGAAAACCAACUUCCGGUUUACUCGACAAAGUUUUCAGAACGACCUGACCGAAUGGAAGAAUCAAUCGAUGCUGGUUAUUCAAGUCUCAGCCGCGACUCACGAUUCCCUUCAACAUCUGAUUCCGAUAAUGCUGAACAUUCCGAUAGCGACAUUGAAGAAGAAUCAAAUAUAACUCUUGUUGAUAGCGCAUGUGCAGAAUGUGAUUCCGCUAGAACGAUUCCAGACAUCAGAAACAGUCUACAAGACAAAGUGAGUCAACUUAGAGCUGAAAAAAUGAUCGUUGAGGAAAAAAUCCGCGAAGCACAAGAAGACGAUAUAAUUCGUUUUAAAGAAACUCAGCGAUUGAGACGACAUCUACCUGGUUACAAGAAACAAAUGUUGUUGAAAACAUUGACCAGUCUGAAGGAAAGACUUGAAAAUCAAAGCCAAAGAUUACAGAAAAGUUAUUCAACAGUAUUAUCAAUGCAAAGAAGAUUUGCUCAGAGACAUAAUCCGUUUUUCAUUGUCCCAAACACAAACUUUAGUUGAGAAAAGUAGUACUAUCGCGGAUGAAUAAUUAGUGCUAUAUGUAUGAUUGUAUGUAAAUAUGAUGAAUAAUUAUUUAUUUAUAAUGCUCUAUAGAUGAGGAAUUCAAAAUACAGAACAAAGUGAUCAUAGAGCUAGGAAAACAACUCGUUGUAAACUUUUCAUUUUCUGGACUAUUUUCAAUAUAAAUCAUGUGUCGUCUGCAAAGACUGACUGUUGUUAAGUUGUUGUUACUUUUGAACUUAAUCACAGUUCAAACAUUUUUUAUGUUGUGUGGUGCUUGUACAAA